AUGUCUGAAGAUUCCAUCAAGGCUUCUUUGCCUAGUGUGGCAGAUGAGAAGUGCCUCUCGAAACCACGUACGCACUCAGACAAUGGCGUGGGCGAGAUACAAGAUCUAAGUCGGCUUGGCUACACGCCUGAAAUGACAAAGAAUAGAUCGAUGCUCACCCUGUUGUUUCAAUCUCUGGCCAUUGCUGCUAUCCCCUAUGGAGAAGGUAGUCCGCUCAUGAGUGCUAUCUAUGGCGGUGGUCAAUUGUCCAUCUUUGUCGGCUGGAUAGUCGUGUGCAUCCUAGACGAAUGCAUCGCACUAUCUCUUGCUGAACUAGCCUCCCGCUACCCAACCUCUGCCGGCCCCUACUACUGGACUUUUCAACUCUCUUCUCCCAAGGCUCGCACCGCGCUCUCUUUCGUUAACGCCUGGACAUGGUUAAUCGGCAACUGGACUAUAACACUAUCCGUGAACUUUGGAUUCGCAUCGCUUAUUGCAGGAGCGGUCGGAAUGUACCAUCCAGACUACGUAAUGAAGGACUGGGAACUUCUUUUGAUCUUCUACGCAUUGGUCAUCGCAACGGUCUUCAUCUGUGCGCUCGGCAACAAGUUCUUGCCCAUGGUGGACACGAUAUGUGCUGCUUUCACCGCAAUCAGCAUCCUCAUUAUUCUGAUCGCGUUGUCCGUCAAGGCAGAUGCAGGACGUCAUUCUGCUUCUUACGCUCUCUCGCAUUAUGACAAAUCGUUCUCGGGUUAUGGUGGCUUCACUUUCUUCAUCGGGUUAUUGCCAGCAGCAUACUGUUUCUCUGCUCUCGGCAUGAUCGCCUCAAUGGCCGAGGAGUGCGAUAACCCCUCCGUCAAGGUCCCCAGAGCAUUGGCUCUUUGUGUCCCUGUAGGUGGAAUCGCAGGUCUGUUCUUCGUCGUACCCAUCUGCGUCCUCCUUCCAAACCUUGCGGACAUAAUCACUGCCCCUGCUGGUCAGGCUUUGCCUUUCAUUUUCCACAAGAUCAUGGGAUCGCCAGGCGGUGGUUUGGGGCUGACAUUCUUGGUCCUACUGAUCACGCUGUUUUGCAGCAUCAGCAUCACCGUUGCAGCGAGCAGGUGCACAUGGGCUGCAGCUCGUGACCACGCAUUGCCUUUUGCUGGAACAUUCGCCAAAGUAAACGACAAGUUGGGAGUCCCAGUCAACGCCCUCUUACUCGUUACGCUGAUUCAGCUGUUGCUGGGAUUGAUCAAUCUUGGCUCUUCUUCUGCGUUUACGGCUUUCGUUUCUGUGGGUGUCAUUGGUCUGGCAGUCUCGUACGCAAUUCCGAUUAUUCUCUCCGUAUUGGCUUCGCGCAGAGAAGUCAACACCGCAAAGUGGAAUCUUGGCAACGCAAUCGGCUAUGCAACUAACAUUCUUGCCGUAGUCUGGAUUGGGUUUGAGUUGGUCUUGUUCUCCAUGCCUGGUGCAUUACCGGUCACUGUGGUGUCCAUGAACUAUGCCAGCGUUGUCCUUGUUGGUUUCUUGGGUCUGGCUGGAGUCUUCUAUGUGGUUUAUGCCAGGAAGGUUUACAAGGGUCCUCCUGAGAGUGAUGCUAUUGAGUAA